UAAUCGUGUGACACCGCUACAGAUACUUCCGCGGAGGAAACGAGUUCUGGGGCCAGUUACCGCGGUUCCAAGCGCCGAGCAUUCUGUCUGGCCACGAAACGCGCCGGCCGGCGGCGACGGAGGACGCAGCAACGUUAAUGGAUGCAGCAGGCUAUCGCCGCGCCGUGCUCUGAGAGAGGGAAGUCAGUGAGUCCCGGUCUCCAGAUUCCUCCGCCUGCGGUAUCGGUGCUGAGGCCGCGCCGCCGCCAUUUUGGAUGCCAGGCUCUAGCUACUGCCGCCGCCGCCUUCGCCGUAGGGAUCCGGCCCGGUGAGUGCCGCGCGGGGAGAGAGGAGGGGCGCUGCCAGGCAGGAGGAUGCCAGCCCCCAUCAGACUCCGGGAGCUGAUCCGGACCAUCCGGACAGCACGGACCCAGGCAGAAGAAAGGGAGAUGAUCCAAAAAGAAUGUGCUGCCAUCCGAUCGUCUUUCCGAGAAGAGGACAACACUUACCGCUGCCGGAAUGUGGCCAAGUUGCUCUACAUGCACAUGUUGGGCUACCCUGCACACUUUGGACAGUUGGAGUGCCUCAAACUGAUUGCCUCUCAGAAAUUCACGGACAAACGCAUUGGUUACCUUGGAGCCAUGUUGCUGCUGGAUGAGAGGCAGGACGUCCACCUUCUCAUGACCAACUGCAUCAAGAAUGACCUUAAUCACAGCACACAGUAUGUGCAAGGCCUGGCACUCUGCACCCUGGGCUGCAUGGGCUCCUCUGAAAUGUGUCGUGACCUAGCUGGGGAGGUGGAGAAGCUCCUGAAAACCUCUAAUUCUUACUUGAGGAAAAAGGCAGCCCUGUGUGCUGUUCACGUCAUCAGGAAGGUGCCUGAGCUCAUGGAAAUGUUCCUGCCAGCCACAAAGAACCUGCUGAAUGAGAAGAAUCAUGGUGUUCUUCACACCUCUGUGGUCCUCCUUACGGAAAUGUGUGAGAGAAGCCCAGACAUGCUAGCCCAUUUUAGAAAGCUUGUGCCCCAGCUAGUCCGUAUCCUGAAGAACCUCAUCAUGUCUGGUUAUUCCCCCGAGCAUGAUGUUUCUGGAAUCAGCGACCCCUUCCUGCAGGUGCGAAUCCUACGAUUGCUGAGAAUUCUAGGCCGAAAUGAUGAUGACUCAAGUGAAGCUAUGAAUGACAUCCUUGCCCAGGUGGCCACGAAUACUGAAACGAGUAAAAAUGUGGGAAAUGCCAUUCUUUACGAAACCGUCUUAACUAUCAUGGACAUCAAGUCUGAGAGUGGCCUGCGAGUGUUGGCCAUUAACAUCUUAGGCCGAUUCUUGCUCAAUAAUGACAAAAAUAUCAGAUAUGUAGCUUUAACAUCCUUGUUGAAGACUGUGCAGACUGACCACAAUGCUGUACAGCGGCACAGAAGCACCAUUGUGGACUGCCUAAAAGAUCUGGACGUCUCCAUCAAACGACGGGCGAUGGAGCUCAGCUUUGCUCUCGUGAAUGGGAACAACAUCCGGGGAAUGAUGAAGGAACUACUGUAUUUCCUGGAUUCCUGUGAGCCAGAGUUCAAGGCGGACUGUGCCUCGGGAAUAUUUCUUGCAGCAGAGAAAUAUGCUCCUUCUAAGCGCUGGCACAUAGACACAAUCAUGCGAGUCUUGACAACGGCAGGGAGUUACGUUCGUGACGAUGCUGUACCCAACCUUAUCCAGCUAAUCACCAACAGCAUGGAGAUGCAUGCUUACACUGUGCAGAGACUCUACAAAGCCAUCAUGGGUGACUAUUCCCAACAGCCCAUGGUGCAGGUAGCUUCCUGGUGUAUAGGAGAAUAUGGAGACCUCUUGGUGUCUGGUCAAUGUGAGGAGGAGGAGCCAAUCCAGGUCACGGAGGAUGAAGUCCUUGAUGUAUUGGAAAGUGUCCUAGUCUCCAACAUGUCUGUGUCUGUCACACGAGGCUAUGCCCUCACUGCCAUCAUGAAGCUGUCCACUCGGUUCACUUGCACUGUCAACCGCAUUAAGAAAGUGGUGUCCAUAUACGGCAGCAGCAUUGAUGUGGAGCUCCAGCAGAGGGCAGUGGAGUACAAUGCCUUGUUCAAGAAGUAUGAUCACAUGAGGUCAGCCCUGCUUGAGAGAAUGCCAGUUAUGGAGAAACUGACCACCAAUGGCCCCACAGAUGUCACUCAACCCAAUGGGGAGGCAGAGCCAACAGUGCUGGAGACCAAACCUCCCCCUUCUGGCCUUCAGCCCACCAGCCAGGCAAACGACUUGCUGGACCUGUUGGGAGGUAACGACAUCACUCCCAUCAUUUCAACAGCCCCUCCAAAUAAACCAGCUUCUGCUGGUGGGGAGCUGCUGGAUCUCCUGGGGGAUCUCAACCCAACAGGACCUCCAGCUCCUGCCCCACAGAUAUCGCAACCCCCAUUUCUGUUGGACGGACUUUCUUCGCAACCCAUCUUCAAUGACAUAACUGCUGGCAUUCCCCCAAUCACGGCCUACAACAAAAAUGGAUUGAAGAUUGACUUUGCCUUUGAACGCUCAAACACCAACCCCAGCAUCACCGUGAUCACAAUACAGGCCUCCAAUAGCACCGAGCUGGACAUGACAGACUUUGUUUUCCAGGCUGCGGUACCAAAGACAUUCCAGUUGCAGCUCCUGUCUCCCAGUAGCAGCGUCAUCCCAGCAUUUAACACAGGGACCAUCACACAAGUCAUUAAAGUCCUGAACCCCCAGAAGCAACAGCUCCGCAUGCGGAUCAAGCUGACAUAUAAUCACAAGGGCUCGGCAAUGCAGGACCUGGCAGAAGUCAACAACUUUCCCACUCAGUCCUGGCAGUGAGCUCUGGCCCCACCCUCCUCACCCCACCUGGUUGGCCGAAGGAACGCUGGGCAGAGCGCUGUGACUCCAGAAAUCCCCCCACUUGCACCAUGGCCAGGGGAGCUGACGAGAGCAGCGGCUGCUGCAGAGCAGGAGGACUGGCCUUGCUCACCUUGAUGAAGCAUAUCUCUUAAGACACUUGCUGGCUCGCUCGCUCUUCUCUCCUCUCCUGGCUGCUGAGCCACACUUGCCACAGAAGCCACGUUCCCCUUGUUUGGAAGGGGGGGAGGGGAGGUGCACUGUGGCAUGUGCGACUGUUUCUCCCCGCCUGCCAUCUUCUCUCCUCCGGUGGGCGUGGGCGAGUGAGUGAAGCGAGUUUUGUUUCGGCUCCUUGCUAGCCGGGUUACCACCUUCAGGCACUUUUCAUCCAGAGUUCAUGUUGGAAAUGUAUUCCAAGGAUGCUGGUGACCCUUUCUCCUUGGAGUUCCCUGACGUGGGGGGCCUUUUCUACGCUUGACUGCACACCCCGAGGGCAGUGGCUUGAGUCUGAGAAGGGGAUGGAUAGGUGGACCUGCUGUUCUGGACAGAAGCUCUGCUUUGGAGGAUUCAGUGGUGGAGGCAGCAACGUCAAGCCCUCUUUGGCCAGUGCCUCCCUCUCAGAAAGCAUCAUGAUGGACGAGACUGGCUGCUCCCUCCAGCAAGUCGCUCUUCAGCGUGCCCCCACCCCAAAUCUUGGAACUCCUCUUGUCUGAUCCUUGGCUGUCAGCUGUGGUAGGUGGGUAGAAAGGAAAUGUGUGUUGCUUAAAGAUGGAAAGGGGGGGCACCAUUUGCCUGCAGAAAGACUCAUCUCAAGACUCCACUGCAAAGCUGCUUUCCCCCCUCAGCCCUUUUCAUUUCCUGAGUCUGUCAGAGUCCUGGAUUCCAUUUGAAUUCGUUCUCCUCCUGGGACGUUUGUGUUGUAUCUGUAAUAUUGGCACUGAAAAUAAAGACCAUGCGGUUUAAUGAGA